CAAAGCAAUUGCCUACCACCAAGAAAUUCGCGCUGUCGUCUCACUCUUUAUUGUCCUCUCUCUCUCUCUCUCUCUCUCUCUUCGAGAAUUUUCUUCUUGCUCAAAAACAAAAAAAACUUUACCAUAGAAACACCUCCACAAAGGAGAAGGGAAUCCAAUUACGUCAAAGAGGGCAACGCAAGAACGCUUCGAGCCAACGAUCGCAAACCCUAGAAGAAAGAAGAGAGCAAACGGGUUUGUCGAUCAGAAAGAGUGAAGACACGGCAUCGGGAGAGUAUUGUUGAUGUUUGAUUCCCAAAUCAUCUGACUGUUAAAUUUAGUUAAAGUUUGAAUCAUUCCCGUCGAUAACUUUUGAACAAUAUUCCAAUUACGAGACGAUGGUGGCCACAGCUGCAACGUGUUCAUUUCACCCUAUAGUUUCCCCAUCUUCAGAUUCCUCUGGAAAAACUCCGGGUGGGAUUGGAUCGACUGUUCCUGCAAGUGUUGAUCCUCGUGGAACUAGUGCCAAAUCGAAAUCCACAUCUUUGGGAAAAUUACAUGUAAAGGCUAAUGCACAGGCUCCUCCGAAGGUUAAUGGGACUAACGUUGGACUAAUGGAUGGACUCAAGCCUGAGGACGAGGUGACAGUGUCGCCUCCGCCGAGAACAUUCAUUAACCAAUUGCCGGACUGGAGCAUGCUUCUUGCUGCAAUCACUACAAUAUUUUUGGCUGCUGAGAAGCAAUGGAUGAUGCUUGAUUGGAAACCAAAGCGGCCGGACAUGCUCGUUGAUCCUUUUGGUUUGGGGAGGAUUGUGCAAGAUGGUUUGGUGUUUAGUCAGAACUUCAGUAUCAGGUCAUAUGAAAUAGGGGCUGAUCGAACUGCUUCGGUGGAGACCUUAAUGAAUCAUUUGCAGGAAACAGCUCUAAACCAUGUGAAGCAUGCCGGGCUGCUUGCUGAUGGCUUUGGUUCAACUCCAGAGAUGUGUAAGCGGAAUUUGAUAUGGGUUGUUACAAAAAUGCAGGUUUUUGUGGAUCGCUAUCCUACAUGGGGAGAUGUUGUUCAGGUGGAUACAUGGGUAGCUGCAUCUGGGAAGAACGGGAUGCGUCGAGAGUGGCUUUUGCGUGAUGCUAAUACUGGUGACACAUUAACUAGAGCAUCGAGUUUGUGGGUGAUGAUGAAUAAAGAAACGAGAAAACUAUCUAAAAUACCAGAUGAGGUCCGUCAAGAAAUAGGUGGGCAUUUUGUGGACUCGCCUCCUAUAGUGGAGGAUGAUAGCAGGAAGCUUCCGAAACUUGAUGACAGCACUGCAGAUCACAUCCGCUCUGGUUUAACUCCUAGAUGGAGUGAUUUAGAUGUCAACCAACAUGUCAAUAAUGUGAAAUAUGUUGGUUGGAUUCUUGAGAGUGCUCCGGCGCACAUAGUGGAGACUCAUGAGCUUGCUGGUAUGACUCUAGAGUAUCGUAGGGAGUGCAUGAGGGACAGCGUGCUGCAGUCCCUCACCUCGGUGGGUGACAUGGCCACCCCUGCCGGCUUUGUCGAGUGUCAGCACCUCCUCCGACUGGAGAGUGGGGGUGAGAUUGUCAAAGGCCGAACCCAGUGGAGGCCCAAGCAGGUAGACAUCAUCGGACAGGUCCCGGCACAAAGUGGCUAGGCAGGUUAGCAAUCUUGCUUUGCUUUUCUGGCUGGUUGGCUGUCUCUCUCUCUCUCUCUCUCUCUCUCUCUCUUUCUUCUUUUUCUUUAUCAUCUUAUAUAUAUAUAUAUAUAUAUAUAUUCUUACUAAUUAUUUUAUUCCUUUGGAUUGGUAAGAAGUAUAUUUAUACAUUUCAGUGAGUAUUUGAAGUAAGUCGUUGUAAGUACCUCUCUUUCUCUGUGUCUUUCUUCUAAGUAAGUAGUGUUUGGAAGUCGUUGUAAGUAUCUGUCUGUCUCUCUAUAUUUUUAUUAUAUUCCAGCUCGGUUGUUGCUGGCUAUCUUCUUCUCCUAACUAAUUGUUCUGUGCUUUUAUGGCUAUGCAUAUGCAUCAUAUGUAAUAAUUUAUUUUUUAAUUAAUUAUUUAAUUGGUAAACUAAUUAAA